CCAGGAACUGGAACCAAGCUCUUCCCCUCUCACUGGGUACCUCCUGUCUGCGACUGCCCAUCGGAAUGCCUCCCUAAGUCCACCCCGUUCGACAAUGUCGAACCCGCUUUGACUGGCCCUGUUCCCUGGUUAUGGCAAGCUUUUCCACCUGCCGCACCCACUCCCUAUCCCCCAAGAACGGUAACACAGGACCUGUCCUCUGAGACUCUGGAUGACUUUAUUCUUCAAAUGGCUUUACACUUCCAAUAGUUCCAGGCAUCCAGAGUCUGUGCUAGAGACCUCCCCAAAGGAGCCGGAAGUAGCUGAGUCCCAGGGACCCUCCGUUCCCCAUAUCCAGGAAAAUGUGAUGAGCUACAGGUAUCAGCUUCUAGAUCACCACUUUAACGUUCUAGCUACAAGUGACUCGAGUGGAAGAUCCAGGGACAGCGAGGUCCAUCAGGAAGAUGUCUAAAGAAAUGGCAGACCAAAGAGAAGAAGGAGCAGCUGGGGAAAGAGAGGCAUGCAGAGAUCAGGUCAAAGAAUCGGACAAAGACGAGGAACGACCAGCUGCUUCAUCCCAUGGCCAGGGGUGGCGUCCAGGUGGCAGAGCACCUAGGAACUCAAGGCCUGAACCCGGGGCCAGACCCCCUGCACUCCCCAUCAUGGUCAAUGACCCACCAGUACCUGCCUUACUGUGGGCCCAGGAGAUGGGCCACGUCCUGGCAGGCCGUGCCCGCAAGCUGCUACUGCAGUUUGGGGUGCUCUUCUGUACCAUCCUCCUCCUGCUCUGGGUGUCUGUCUUCCUCUAUGGCUCCUUCUACUAUUCCUACAUGCCGACAGUCAGCCACCUCAGCCCCGUGCAUUUCUACUACAGGACCGACUGUGAUUCCUCCGCCUCCGUACUCUGCUCCUUCCCUGUUGCCAAUGUCUCACUGGCUAAGGCUGGACGUGAUCGGGUGCUGAUGUAUGGACAGCCGUACCGCGUUACCUUAGAGCUUGAGCUGCCAGAGUCUCCUGUGAAUCAAGAUUUGGGCAUGUUCUUGGUCACCAUUUCAUGCUACACCAGAGGCGGCCGAAUCAUCUCCACCUCUUCACGCUCCGUGAUGCUGCAUUACCGCUCAAACCUGCUCCAGAUGCUUGACACCCUGGUCUUCUCUAGCCUCCUGCUGUUUGGCUUUGCAGAGCAGAAGCAGGUCCUGGAGGUGGAGCUGUACCCAGAAUACAGGGAGAACUCGUAUGUGCCGACCACCGGAGCCAUUAUCGAGAUCCACAGCAAGCGCGUCCAGCUGUACGGAGCCUACCUCCGCAUCCACGCCCACUUCACUGGGCUCAGGUACCUGCUGUACAACUUCCCGAUGACCUGCGCCUUCGUUGGUGUCGCCAGCAACUUCACCUUCCUCAGCGUCAUCGUGCUCUUCAGCUACAUGCAGUGGGUGUGGCGGGGCAUCUGGCCCCGACACCGCCUCUCUCUGCAGGUAAACAUCCGAAACAGAGACAGGUCCCGCAAGGAAGUCCAGCGGAGGAUCCCUGCCCAUCAGCCAGGAGGCACAGGGCCCCAAGGCCAGGAGGAGUCCGCUCAGCUGUCACCCAUUACAGAGGAUAGUGAGAGCCGUGCGGGUCCCUCGGAGCCAGAAGGCCAGCUGUCUGAGGAGGAGAAACCAGAUCAACAGCCCCUGAGUGGCGAGGAGGAGCUAGAGCCCGAGGCCAGUGACGGUUCAGGCUCCUGGGAAGAUGCAGCUCUGCUGACGGAGGCCAACCUGCCUGUGUCUGCCCCUGCCCUUGCCCCGGAGACCGUGGGCAGCUCUGAACCCUCCACAGGCACUGUCCGACAGCGCCCCAUUUGCUCUAGUUCCUGAAGAGAAUAGGGCAGAGUCCCCCCACUCCAGCCCUCCCCACCCCCGAUCCCUUUCCCUUUCCGGGGCUCCCCCAAUAAACUCUUUUCAUGCCAGCUGCCUCCCUGACUCUGAAGUGGAUUCAGGGCCAUUUGAAAACGUGAUGUUCCCCAGGCAUCCCCCACCCCGAUUGGAGGAGGUUGUCUUGUCAGGGGCUACCGAUGGGGAAGACCUCCAGACCCUGGACUGUUUCAGGCACAGCUGUUUCCAUUCAUCAGCCUAGGCCGUCCAAGGAGCGAAAACCUGCCCACUCCAUCCAUGUGACUCUCAUCUCCCUCUGGGGAGGGGGAUAGCAUAGGGCGGGUCUGGAAAGCU